UGACGAGUGACGGCGGAUAGACCUAGUCAGAUUUGCCAGUCAGUGGCAGCAGUGAAGUCCAGCCAGAUUAGUGUGCAAUGGAUGUUACCUGCACUUACAAAUUGCCUAUACAAAUUGGAAAACUGCUGAGUGACUAUAGAAGUGCCAGAUUAAAAAGUGUGUCUGAUGGCAACAAGCUUUCUAGCAGCUCAUCUACUGCUGAAAAACGUGCUGAUGGACAACUUUAUUUUUGUUCAUUGGAGAACUUUGAAAGUGCAGUUGUCUAUUUAUCACAAGAACUGCAAGCUCUUGGCAUAGGAAAUUUGAACCUUACUACAGCAGUGAACAACAACUACAGCAGCAGUGCUGGAGAUAAGACUUAUGAUGCCCUUGCUACUGCCUUCACUGGAGGCAGCCAUCGAGGCAAUCUCCUGCAACUCGACCUUGUGUGCCUUGUCAACAGAUGUUGGGAGGUGGUGCAGCUAUACAGGGCAAGUUUGCGUGACAGCUGUGCUCUGCAGGAGCAGCACAAGCGUGACUCCAACGCCAACACCAAACUGCAGGCGAGCGUAUCAGGGCUGCAGGAGCUGCGAGAGGAAUACGAGCGCAAGCUGCAGGAGUCCCGCGACCAGAAGCAGGUGGCGCUGCAGGAGGUGGCUGAGCUGCAGGACUCCUGCAGGCUGCUUAAGGAGGAGACCCGCCACCUGAACGCUCUCCUGAAGGAGCGCCACUUGCAGACCAGCCAUGACCUGCGCAAGCGCGAGCUGGAGUGCGACAAACUGAGACAGCGCCUCACGCAGCUCCUGGCGGGUGCGGUGGGGACCUGCCUUGGAUCGCUGCUUCUGACGCUGACCCCCGAGGACCUGGCGGCGUCACUGACGGACUCUGUGUACUCGACGGACAGUCUGGACGAGGCGCCAGUGCUGCCCUGGCGGCCGCGGGGGGAGGAUGUCAGUGUCAGCCGCUCCAGUGACUUGCAGCAGCAGCUCAAAGACGCCGUCGCCGCCCUCACAGUCCUGUUUGCUGAGAGGGGUACAAGCGACGUCCGAGAGGCGCGUCUGAAGCGCAUCCGGGAGCUGUCGUCGUCAGCGCACCUCUACGACAGCGCCAGCAAGAGCAACAAGAGCAGCCAGCGCCUCAGCACGGGCUCCCUCGCCAGACCUUCUGGGGCUAGCUCGUCUGCCCAGCCCAGCCAAAGCGCAAGUCAAGCUCAAGACAACGACGUGCAGGCAAACGAUCCUCUUGAAGACCGGAUCAAAUAUCAGCCAACUACAAGCGGGAGCCAAGAGGUCCCAGGAGUGUCUCAAGAAGUCGCAGGCGCAUCUCAAGAAGUAGCAGGUGCAUCUCAAGGAGUCGCAUGCGCAUCCCAAGGAAUCCCUGGUGUGUCCCAAGGAGUCCUAAGAGCAUCUCAGGAUCAUCAAGUAUCGUUAGGCAAGUCUCAGGGUGCGGCCGCGGAAAGCCGUAAUGCUGUGGUGCACCCCAACGACUCCCCUCUGCUGCAGCUGGUCCGUCAGAUGGGGAUUGUGUCUGCAACGUGCAGCACCCAAACCCCCUCCACCAGCACCCCUGAACUCGCCUCCAGGGAUGAAUAUCGUAACCAUAACAAGCGAGCAGACCUCUCAUUAAGGCCUCAUGCCUCGGCCACCUCUAGUCACCUUCCUCCCCACAACGACGCUAGUGAUGAAGUGCCGCCGCUAAGUCCAGAACCUGACGUAGGAGAUGGACGAAGGAUGCUUGAGAUGAGAGAGGGGGGCGACUGUGAGAGCCCCGGGGGGUCAGAGGGCGACCAGUCGUGGUUGCGCAACUGCGGGGGACCUAACGACUCAACGUCGACGGCGGUGGUGACGCUCAAGAAGCUGCUGGAGGAGGAGCGUCGCGCUGUGCUGCAGGAACGAGAGCUCUACACGCAGGCGGCUAUCAGGCUCAACAGAGAGCGCGCGUUGUUCGAGCAAGAAAAGGUGCUACAUCUUCGGCAGGAGUUCUUGGAUAUCAUCCCCGACACGGACGAGGAGCCCGGCGCUGCCGCACUGUCUCCUCUGGACGCCGCUCUCUACCAGGCGAGCCCCGUGCCUGCAUGGCUCAGCCGCCACCACCACAAAUCUUUCCAAGCAGACGACUCGCCUCCGUCUCCCGAUGCCGUCCACUCGCCGCCCCCCGUGGUUGACAAGACGCGCCGUGGCGACCUUACAGUCCCUUUUUCUCGUCAACCCCGCAGCGUUUCGCAGCUCGCUGCCCAGCCUCACAUAACCCCGCCACCUCCUCCUCAGUGGGAGCACCGACGACGACCUCUCGUGCUGGGCAAGAGGAAGUCCACCAACGCCAGGAACAACAGCGCAGGGUCCUGCGACGCUGGCAGGUCUCGCUUGAGUUCAUCGAGCGUGGACGUGGCGAGGACCGUUUCCUCGCGGUCGUCCAACUCUGGCCGCUCCAUGGGCGACGGUUCAAGUGAUGUGAGCAGCGGCCUCUGCAGCGGGGCCCUGCAUUCACGCUCUAUUUCUAUGUCCUCCAAGUGCUAUAAUAAACAGAGGACGGCAGGAAACAAGUCGCGUUCCCCUUCAGGAGGCCGCUGGUCCGCUGGUCGUGGCGAAACGCCGCGCAGUUUGUCUGUCAGCAAACUGAACCCCCGAGUCCUGACUCUGAAAGGGGCAAACCUCAACGACAUUUCUACGAGCAAAACAAGCAGCCACACCCGCGACUCGGUAGGCGGCAGAUCAUACAAUAAACUUCAUGAAUCUUUUCUGGCCUGCAGUAAAGAGAUGCACUCUGUGGCCCUUAGCACAGUAAGUAAGGGAGUCAAUCAAGCUGUCAAAAACCCUUCAAAUGUUUCAAAGCAACCACCAACUCAUCAGUCACUCAAUGCCUCUGCCAGGUUCCAUACCUUGCCCCGUUCUAAGAAACUUGCUACGUCAAGAACUGACGACUCCGAUUUUAAGAUGCGUAAUCUGAACUCUAGCGUUUCUCAGGAACCCCAAAAAGAUCCGCGUGAUGCCUUGUACACCAACACCGAAGACGAUUGGAUGUCGUCACGAGAAGCAGCAGCGAUCUCCCUGUCUAUGCACGAGCCAAACGAUGACGACCUGGAGCAGACUUAUUUUCCCGCGGCACCCAAAGACAAUGAGGACUUUUUCAGUCGUUGCCGAGAUCAGCAGCAGUCAAAUUUCUUCAGCAGUAAAUCGCUUCCCAGGGUUCCCGGGAAGCUUGGGCUAAACACUCGUCGCUCAGACGGUUUUUUUACUGUAGCUGGAGAGCGCAAUGCCGUGAAUAAUCCUGCCGACACUGGUGAUACAUCCUUACAAAAACGCAGACCAACAAUGUUCAGUUACAGCAGGCCAAAGUCAGAUUCGUUUAAUCACGCCAUCAACAUUAAUGACAUGUAUGCCUCAUAUCCUACCGAUUUGCACUCGAAAACUGGCAACAUCAACGCUUCGUCUGAAAAUUUAUCCCCCAUGAGCUUAUCUGGCUGCAACGGCUCGUGUAAAGAGUUUCUCAAAGUUCCUCAAAAUGCUUCAUGUCUUUGUCACUUACUGAGACGUAAAAAAAUUUCUGUUGAGUGCGAUAUGGAAGGCUUCUUCCCUUCACCGUCUGCCUCCACUGAUGCCUCUGACUUUGAUGCUUGCGAUAGCGUCUCGCAAACCACUUCGCUUAACGACCGCAUUACAAGACAGCGCAUCGACGAUAUCGAAUCCAGCCUUGCCAAGCUCAUCAUGCAGAUGACUUCCAGUGGAGGCAAUCCAGCUGUGAGCGGAAAAGAUGAAGGCAAUAGCGUGCAGGAAGAAUGCCAUCAAUUGAAAGAAAAAAGAAGACUAGAAUCUGAAGGAGUGCCAAAUACAAGGAAGUACCGCAGUAGUCAGCCGUCCGUGCGAAGUGCACCACCCACCUACGGCGGCAGUGCUGAACCUGCUCGUGGGUUGCCGCAGUUCUCGCAGUCGUCACACCACGAUCUUCCUCGCCAGGAGGUGCAGUCGUUGAGUCGGCCUGCCCCUGUUGAAGAUCUCACCAGUGAAACCGAACGAGUUUUACAGGCUCGCAAUUUACUGACCAACAUUAACGCUAAUGACAAUCUGCAAUUAAGCCCGUACUCUGAGAGAUCCAACUAGUCUGUCACUUCUGACUGAGGCUAAAGAUAUUUCCGGACCGCUUCCUAUUCACGAAUUUGUCUUCAGAAAAUUUGGCUGCUCGUGAUGCUUGCUUACUAAGCUAGCGUGCGCACAAAUACUCGCCGUUUUUACAGAGGCGCUAAUUUUCCUGACUUGUUGUAAUUUCUCUAAUUUCGAUUCGCUAAUUUCCCUGUUUUGUAAGUCCUGUGCUGAUGCUGACCUUUGGUCAUCGCUCAAGGUCUAAAUUCAGUUCGUUUUUAUCCCCCGUCCCCGUUUUAUCUUGUUUUUCCUCUAUAUCUAGAGGAUAAAAUUUAAGUAGUGGCCUCUAGUCCUAUGUCACUUCUACGAAGAGGCAUCGUUUACGCUGAAUAAAUAAUCGAUAUCGAGUUCGUCUUUGUAAAUCAUGCUCAUUCUGAGUGCGUAGUGAACGUACUCGUUUUUCGUGUUUGAACUGUGUGCUUAUUACAAGUAAAUUAUUUUUAGUCUCAAAAGAAUAUAUUGCUAAGCAAAAGUGUGUGAAGCGGAGCGUUUUAAUCGAUGCCCCGCGUGGGACAAAAUCAAGACAAAAUAAAUUAUUUCCCUUCUCCAAAUAACGAAUACAAAACUAUAUUUUACUCUGAUUUUAGAGGGAUAAAAUAGCGUUUUGCACACAAAUGCUAUGAAAAUUGAUUACAUUGACAAGUGUAAAUUCAGACAUGUCGGUGUCUGUUAAGUGGUUUCCUCCAUGCAUGGUUAUACGUUUUUGUUUUCUAACAGUGUUGUCUUAUUGAAUUGCUGUGUUUGUAAUAUUGAUGACUAUUAUUUAAAUCUGAACAAUCGCCAGCAUUAGUGGGCGCUGCCGCUUGCUGGGCUCAUAACCCGCCUCAAGAGUCAAGUCAAGUAGCUAACAACAUAAUAGUUUGUUAAUGCAUCACAUGACUGUAGCAAAUGACUUAUUUCUCUUCUAAAGACCCUCAGGACUGUAGCCAAGGACUUUACCCCUAUUAUAAUGUUCUCCAGAACUGUGGCCGAGGACUAGAAGAACUGUGCACUCGAGGACUGUGGCCGAGAGCACCUAUACAAACGCCCCACAGCCUCAGGACAGUAAUCCCUACUAGUAACUUGCCAUUAAUCUAAGAAAGAAGUUCAUCAGGACUGCUGCCGAGAAAGUACUCCUAUACUUACGCCCCUAAAGAUUGUCGUCGAAGAGUGGCUCCUAUACUAAUGCCUCUUGGAACUUGCUCCCGAGUAACGCAUUGCAGAACAAACCAAAAGACGAGCUCCCUAAGAAACGCACCAGCUAAUUUCUCUUUAAUUAACCAAUCUAGUCAUGAGGCAAUUUAAAGCCAUUGAUCUCUAGUCGCCUUAAGAUCCUAGCUCAACCGUUGCGUCUUCUCGUGGUCGUCAUCUAUGAUAAUUUAGAAUUUGGAUAACCUAUUUUCGUCCGUCUGGUGUCUGAUUCCUGUAUCUACGUGGACUCCAGGACUGAUGGGCUCACUUGCAUCGCCCUACCUAUGCUCUCUAUCUUGCUUACCGUACUGGUGUUGUCUUACUUUAUCCUGUUAGAAUUCUCAAUAAUUAUUUGGAUCUCGAUUUGUAAGUAACAUUGCCCGCUAGUUCCAUCAAAUGAACACACAUUUGAGGCUGCUGAUGUACUAUGACAAUAAUAAAAUCGAAUAUUAACGAA